GCAUUUCAGUGGAUAGUUGAACAGUUAUCGCUCUCACUCUCCAGGUGUUUUUAUCAAGACUCUCGAUUUGUCCCGUUAUCAAUUAAAAUAUGAUUAUGAUAUUUGCUCAGUAUAUUACUCAAACGUAGUGGAAAAUUGUUUUGUGUGUGAAAAUUUGUGAGUGCUUUCUGUUGUUACACGAGUUAUAUUUCAAAUUGUUGACAGGAAUUGUUUCAGUAAAUACAGAAUAAGAACCAAGGAUGGAUUCAAAUACUAGCUUCAAACUGAAAAAAAUUCUGGAUAAAUUACUGGAGCCCAAUUUCAAACCACGAAAUGAGACCCAUCUAGACUCCUUAGUUGCGUUUUUGACAAAGGAAAACGAGUUUGUACCUGGCUGUUGGCAGAAUGACAUUCGAAACUACCUUUCGAAAACCUGGCUCAAAACAGCAAUUUCAAAAUGGAAACUCCAUGGAGUUCCUCCCAAUCCAUCGGUUUUGAAAUUCGCAAUGAACAUUAUUAUAUGGAUGUGUGGAAGAAAGCAAACGUUUGAGUUGUUACUUGAAGAUAAUUUACUCUUAAACUCAAUCUCAAUUUUAUUUAAAUUCAUAGAUUUUGGUAUGGGAGAAGAAUAUGAUGUAUUUGUGAAGUUGGUGUCUUCCAUGGCUGAUUAUGAAUCCAGUUUACAAAUACUAUUGUAUCCAAGAUAUUGGAAUACUAUUAUGCGGCUGGGAAUUGCUUAUAGUUCUCGAAACAUGUCGACUUCAACUAGCAAGUGCGUUGCUAAGAUCGUCAGAAAAUCUGCUUCACUAGAUGAAUUUUCGAGUAAAUCGAUAGUAUAUGAAAUGGUGUGGCCUUUUAUCGGAGCUUCAGAUAGAAAAUCAGAAUUUGUUGAACCGAUAAGGACAGUUGCAAACCAUGAAUUGAUCUUUCUCAGUUUACACUUCAUAGUCGACGUUCUGGAGAAUUUACUGGAAUAUCAGAUAACCAUGAAUAAACAAGAAAUUUUUGGACUAUCUACAGAAAGAAAUCAUAUGGUGAAAUAUGUGCACAGAAUGUUAAAAACUCACACUAACGAUGAAUUGAUUCAAGAUUUAUGUAAAGUACUAGUAAUUUUAUGCUUCGCAGACAUACAUAUUGGAAUGAAUGACAAAAAUGGGAAGUACCAUACUAUGAAAAAUUUGCCAAGGAAAAUAUUCAAAUUGUUGUAUGACAUUGACUCAAAUGUGUCACUGAAAAAUACUUUGAACUUAAUCAAUACGUGCGUUACUUAUUGGGACAUAUUGCAUAAGAAACUUCCAGAUAUUUUAAAAACCGAGUACAAAAUAAGUCUGUCCCCAAAAUGUCAAUUGGCAUUUUUAUUGGCAUAUAACGCCACUAUUAAUAGAUUCAGAACGUUCAAUCUGGCUUUAUCAAAAUAUGUAGAGGAGGAUUCUCUGCGUUUCCAAUAUUCUAAAGUAUCAAAAUCCAUACUACCGGAAGUUCGGAGAAUGUUUUACAAAUGGAAAGACAAUUCAAAUCAGUACCUCGGCUUCUCUCAAGGAAUCCUUACCCUGCAACAUCUUAUAAAGUCAAUAAAGCAGUAUAACACAGUUCAGGCGAUUUGUAUCUUCCAAUUUUUGAUUUACAAUUUCAAAGACAUUUGUCAAAUCAUGAAGACGAGAACAAAUCUAGUUACAUCUCUUUUCAAUCAACCCGAGUACAUGACUAUUCUAUUUCAAUGUAUUACAGCAUUCAUCGAAUAUCUGCCUUAUUCUUGGUACCAUUCUGUUGAAGCCCUCAAUAUACUGGACUUCAUCUAUGAUUUUUUGGUUUUCCUGGAUUGGCCUGCAGAUAUCGUUGUGGAUGCCCUACGACUAGCCGAUAAAGCAAUUUGGAAUUGCAUGAGUCCUCAAAUGAUAUUGCUGAUGAACGAAGACGACAAUUACUCAUUGAAACCUUUCGCUCCAAUGCUUCGUACAAAUUUAAGGAACACCAAUUGGAAGAUAAGAGAGUCUUCUGUGAGUCUCAUUGCAACAAUUUCUGCGAAUGCAAUUGCAAGGUACCCUUCCUUCAGAAAUUGGUUAUCAGAGAAUGAGUUCCCAUCGUUGGUACUAGAUGUAGCUUUUCACGAUAAUAACCCUUUUGUGAGAAAGGCAGCUUUAAGAUGUUUGCAACAAACUAUACAACUUAGAGAAUGUUGGUAUACGUUGUUCAACAACAAUAUUCUGGCAUCAACCCUGAAUAUGUUCAAAGUGGAACCAGAUAGCAAUGUUCGAGCUGAGGCAGUCCAUUUAUUGAAAUCCAUAUACGAGCACCAGGAACUUUCUGAAGAUAUGAGGAAUACCUUUUAUGAUAUCCUAGCGCAUGUAGCAUUGAAAGAUUCAGACGUAGCAGUGAAAAUACAAUCGUUACACUUUUGGCAAAGCGUUAUAAACAGAGAGUUGACAGAAAGGGGUAUGGUCGAUGGUGAAUUCCCAAGUACUCUUUUUGCGAAAAAAAAUCGCAAAAUUGUACAUUUGGAUAGAAAAACUGUGAAAAAUAUUCUCAUCGAGGUCCUGUAUCAACUAGCAGUACACAACUGUUUGUUAGUAUUUUAUGAAGCAUUACAAAAUGACACCAACUCAGAAGUGUAUGAAUGUGCCAAAAUUCUCAUCAGCGACUUUGGUACUUUGCUCGGAAAUUAUGAAAUCACUUCCACAGAUUUUACUCCAACCCGGAGUAUGUCCACAACAGCACCAAUCUCUUAUGUUAAUGAUUUAGAUUUAGGGGUCAUUAUACCUUCAAAUAGUUCAAUAUUUGAUGAAUGUAUAGAUUAUAGUUUUUUGGAUGAAUUUGAUGAUAUUUUUGGUGGAAAUGAGAAUAAUGUCUUACCAAUAAUUACCUCUAACUCUACUAAGACUAUGUAUCUGAAUCCUGUGCAAUUUAUGACAUGUAUCAGUACUAAAUUCCUAAUUAAUGAUGAAGUAACCAAGGAAGUGGACCACUUUCAACUUCUUUUAGAUGAAAUGUUUGAAAAUAUUUAAAGAUAAGUCCUGGUUCCAGAGCAGGAGGAUGCAAAUGAGUAGGCUGUGUUCACAAUAAAAAAAAUCACUACUUGUGACUACACUGUCAUUCUAUCAAUAGAAUGUAUAAAAGCAAAAAUGUUAAUUCACUUGCUAUUAUUUUACUUUAUUUUCACAACAUGGCAAUAAAACUUGAUUUUAUACUACCACGCUUUCAAUGAAUCAGUUCAACUUCAAAAAAAGAAAUACUUGAAUAAUUUGAAGUGAGGAAAAUUUAUUUCUGAAGACUUUGUAAAAUUUCGAAAUAAUUUUAUUACAAUUUUUGAAAGCAUGUUUUUGCGUAUUGGCUUGAGGAGAGCAGUUUAUAGCAUUUUGUUUCUUUUCGGAACAUUUUGAUCUCUGAACAAAUUUUUACUGGACCUUCAGAUGAAUGUCUGUUAUAUUAUGCUGAGCUCAUUUUUGACCAUCCAUAAUGUGUCUGCUUUCUGUAAUCGUGUUCUAGGUAUGCAUUAUUUAUUCUCUAAUACCUUAUUUUGUUCAAAUGUUCUCCAAAUGGUGUCGACUGUUUCGGGAAAAAACUUUUACUAUUAUAUACAUUGUUAUAUUUUAGGAGAAAUUAUAUAAAUCUCAAUAUCUGAA